UGCUUUCUGGUGAUGGAAAUCACAAGAGUCUUUGUGUCAGGCUUGCCGCCUACACUAAAUAAUGAUGCGCUUCGAAGUCAUUUUGCCAGCCGUUUCGAGGUCACCGAUGCUCAUGUCAUUCCCAAACGGCGAAUCGGGUUUGUGGGAUUCAAAGACCAUAACUCCGCCCAGAAUGCAGUCAACUACUUUAACAAGACAUUUAUCAGAAUGUCAAAGAUUGCCGUGGAACUGGCCAAGCCUGUAGAUGCUGCUCCUGAAGUAAAUUCGAGGUCAAAAGCUAGGAAUAGCUCCCCUCGUGAUGCAGAUACCAGCUCCAAAUCUGGCUCAUUAAAACGAAAACGAGGUCUUGAGGAAGAUGACCCAAAACUGCAGGAAUUUCUCAACACUAUGCAGGCGCCAACAAAGACUAAGACCUGGGCGGAUACAGGAACAGAUCUAACUACUAGCUUGCCUUUUCAUAACGAGGAUUCAAAGAAUGCCGAGAUCCCAGAUGAAAUGCCAACCAAAAGAGUCAAAGCAGCCCUAGAACCCGACUUACCUGAAGAGUCUUCUAAAACUUCACAGUCCUUGAGUACUGGGUUACGCAACAGAGAGCUGAACAAUGACGCCCAGGCUACGGCAGAGCCUACGGAAUCUGCACCGCAAAGUGAUGCUGACUGGCUUAGGUCGAGAACGAGUCGCUUGCUAGGUUUGCUUGACGACGAAGAGGAUGCAGGCCGUCCAGUGGCUGAAACCACAAACGCCUCACCGCCAGUGAGCCAUCGCAUUCAACACGAGCCGACGACUGAUCAUUCGGAUGUCUCCGCUGAAAAAGAAGAUAACGACCCCGCUGGGUCAACUGACGCGAUUGACGCGAAUGUGAAACUAAUUCGGGAAACUGGGCGCCUAUUUAUCCGCAAUCUACCAUAUGAUACAACCGAGGAAGAUCUUCAAAGCGAAUUCGCUCGUUUUGGGAAGUUAGAAGAGUUACAUAUUGCAUUCGACUCUCGUCAUUCGACAAGCAAAGGAUUUGCAUACGCGCAGUUUUUUGACCCAGACUCCGCCAUCGAGGCAUACAAGCAAUUAGAUGGAAAAGAUUUCCAAGGACGGCUUAUGCAUGUAUUACCUGCAUCUUCGAAAAAGACGUAUAAGAUUAAUGAGUACGAGUUAUCAAAAUUGCCGUUGAAGAGGCAACAGCAGAUUAAACGGAGAGCUGAAGCAGCGUCUUCUACAUUUACUUGGAAUUCUCUCUAUAUGAAUGCGGACGCUGUGAUGGCAUCUGUAGCAGAACGGUUGGGGGUACCGAAAUCGGCGAUUUUGGACCCGACUUCGUCAGACGCUGCAGUGAAACAAGCUCAUGCAGAAACGCAUAUAAUCCAGGAAACGAAGGCUUACUUCAGCGCCAAUGGCGUAAACCUGGAUUCGUUCAAACAGCGUGAGCGUGGAAAUACGGCGAUUCUUGUGAAGAAUUUCUCAUUUGGAGUGAAAGCUGAAGACCUCAAAAAGCUAUUUGACCCGUAUGGACAGAUCAUGCGGCUUCUAAUGCCGCCUAGUGGUACCAUUGCAAUUGUUGAGUUUAGUAUGCCAGAUGAGUGCCAGAAAGCGUUCAGAGGUCUUGCCUACAGGAAGUUGGGGGAUUCCAUACUUUUCCUGGAGAAAGCUCCUAAGGGCCUCUUUGAAGGUAAACCCACCACGCAUAUUGCCGUUCAGCCACAAAAGGCUGUAGCUCCCGCAUUUUCAACCUCAGAAACAUUCAAGGCCGGUGAGCCUGAGAAUGAAGUCGAAAGCUCGACACUCUAUGUUCGGAAUUUGAACUUCUCCACCACUACCGCCAGCUUAAUGGACGUGUUCAAACCUCUCGACGGUUUCUUGUCCGCCCAGGUUAAAACAAAGCCCGAUCCAAAGAACCCCGGCGAGAGGCUGAGCAUGGGAUUCGGCUUCGUGGAAUUCAGAACCAGAGCCCAGGCCCAAGCUGCCCUUGCUGCGAUGAACGGGUAUAAGCUCGACCAGCAUGAACUGGUCAUCAGACCCUCACACAAGGCAACGGAUUCAGCAGAGCAACAAAGACGCCAGGACGCGGCAAAGAAAAACGCGGCUCGCAGGACGAAGAUCAUUAUCAAAAACUUGCCUUUCCAAGCCACCAAGAAGGACGUUCAAUCUCUCUUCGGCGCAUACGGACAACUCCGCUCCGUACGCGUGCCCAAGAAAUUCGACCGCACAGCCCGUGGUUUCGCAUUUGCGGACUUUGUCAGUGCUUGUGAGGCGGAGAAUGCGAUGGAUGCACUUCGCAAUACCCAUCUUUUGGGGAGGAAAUUGGUGCUGGAGUUUGUCUCUGAGGAAGCUGUUGAUCCGGAGGAGGAGAUACAGAAAAUCGAGAAAAAGAUGGAUGCGCAGGCAAAUCGUGUGAAGCUUAAGCAGCUAGUUGGUUCGGGGAGGAAGAAGUUUCAGGUUAAUCCUGUUGGUGAAGAGGAGUGACUAGCUUCCAUUUAACUAUGCCAAAUAAUGACAUUCUUCCCUGGGAAGCAGGUUUUAGUCUUGGUUGAUCUAUAGAUA